AUGGAUGCUUCUGAUCUUUUCACAGUGGCGCAUGACACGCUGACGCGUACGGUGCUGCGGGUCCGCGAUGGAGAGCAGCGCGCCACUGGGUCGACGCCGCUGGGCUCGGACGCCGUCCAGGCCGUUGCGCUGCUGUUCGCCAUUACGCUGUUGCCUGUGCUGUUGCGCGUGCGUAUCCUCUACACUUUCUGCUGGGUGGGCUUUACGGUGCUGGCGCACGUGACCGAGUCGGAGGCGGCGCUGGGCAUGGCUACGUCGCUGGGGCUCACCAUCAUGAUGGGCUGGUACUCGCUGCGCGCGCUUGACCGGACCACGUUCAUGGGCAUCCUGCAAGGCUGGUUCGGCUUCUUGAGCAAAUAUCGCCCCUUCCAGCUGCUAGCCAACUCCGUCGAUCUCCUGCUGCACAUGGGCGUGCCGCUCAUGCUCGCGUUCUGCUACCUGCCGCUCGUGCGCUUCUGGAUGACAGCACCCAUCCUGAUUUUCUCCCAAUUGUGGAUCAAGUUGGUCGCCGGUGGAGACCUCAGUCUAACGGGCAACGGCAUCUACCACAUCUACCCGCCGCGCCCCAAGGCGUUUUGGUUGGCAGUUCGCAAGAUCGAGCUGGCCUACAACUUUACUAUCCCAAUGCUGUGUGUACUCGCGAACCGAGCAGGCGUUCACGAGUUCGUGGUCCAGUGUUUCCUAGAGCCGAGCUUGUAA